CCAACUUUGGAAAAAAUUUGAUAAGCGUUCGUUAAAAAUAAAUCUCUCCUAUUUCUUCACCAGUUUCUCUUCGGUACGUCGUCUCACCGUUAAACGCCGUUUAAAACAUAUUUGGCAACGCAACGCCUCCAUAGGGCAACUCUUAACCUGCAAGCCCACUACGAAUAUGCGUUAAUGGCGGAAACUAAGUGGAAGAAGACUAAGAAGAAGAAGAAUUCAGUGGAAGUAAAUCAAUGUCGUAUCGCAAGUGAAUGGCAAGGAUUUCCACUCGACAACUCUUUCGUUUCACACACUUCCCCCUCCCUUUGCCAUUCAAAUCCGUUGGUCGAUCUUCCUCUCCAUUCUCCGCUUUUCCAGAACCAGAUCAUUCACCCGAGACUACGAAUCCUCCUAGACAUGACCAAAGCCACUCGCUUCUUCAAUCAUGUGAGAGCGUAAGAGAAUUAUUUCAAAUCCAUGGCCAUUUGAUUACCUCUGGUCUUUUUAACUACCAUUUUUGGGCCAACAGAGUUCUAUUGCAGGCCUCGGAGUUCGGUGACAUCGUUUAUACUAUUUUGAUCUUCAGACAUAUCAAAGUUCCAAAUACCUUCUGUGUUAAUAGAGUAAUUAAGGCUUAUUCUCUUAGCACAGUUCCUCUAGAGGCUGUAUUUGUGUAUUUUGAAUGGCUUGGUAAUGGACUUCGACCAGAUUCCUACACUUUUCUUUCACUUUUUUCCGCUUGUGCGAGUUUUGGCUGUGGGGCUUCUGGGCGUAAGUGCCAUGGACAAGCUUUCAAGAAUGGGGUUGACUCUGUGAUGGUUUUGGGAAAUAGUUUGAUUCAUAUGUAUGGCUGUUGUGGCCAUAUUGAGCUCGGUCGGAAGGUGUUCGACGAAAUGUCAACACGGGAUUUGGUAUCUUGGAAUUCAAUUGUUACUGCUUAUGCGAGAGUUGGAGAUAUGUAUACUGCGCAUGACAUGUUCGAUGUAAUGCCUGAGAGAAAUGUUGUGUCUUGGAAUUUGAUGAUUAGUGAGUAUUUGAGAGGUGGGAAUCCGGGCUGUGCAAUGAAGUUGUUUAGGAAUAUGGUGAAUGUGGGAAUCAGAGGGAACAAUACAACAAUGGUGAAUGUUCUUGGUGCUUGUAGUCGGUCGGCAAGGCUGAAUGAAGGAAGAUCGGUUCAUGGUUUUAUGUACCGUACUUCGAUGAAGUUUUGUGUAUUUAUCGACACGGCAUUGGUUGACAUGUAUAGCAAAUGCCAGAGAGUAUUGAUUGCACGUAGAGUUUUUGACAGGAUGAUGAGUCGAAAUUUGGUUACCUGGAAUGCAAUGGUUUUGGGGCAUUCUCUACAUGGGAAUCCUAAAGAUGGACUUAAGCUGUUUGAGGAAAUGGCUGCCGAAUUAAGAGAAAUGAUUGAGGAAACAGGCAAUGGCAAGAAAUUCAAGCAAGAUGAAGGUAAGCGAAAAGUUUUCCCAGACCAAAUUACAUUUAUUGGCGUUCUAUGUGCCUGUGCCCGAGCAGGACUGCUGAAAGACGCUAAGAAUUACUUCGACGAGAUGAUCAAAGUAUUUCUUGUGAGACCAAAUUUUGCCCACUACUGGUGUUUAGCCAAUGUUUACGUUGCAGUAGGGUUGAUAGAGCAGGCUGUGGAAAUACUAAGGAACAUGCCCGAGGACUUCUCAUCAGAAUCGGUUGUAUGGAUUGACUUGCUCACUACAUGUCGUUUUGUGGGGGAUGUUUCUUUAGGAGAACAGAUAGCAAAAUAUUUGAUUGACAUAGAACCUAAGAAUGACUCAUACUAUAGAUUGCUUUUGAAUAUGUAUGCUGUAGCUGGGAGAUGGGAGGAUGUUUCUAGAAUCAAACUAUUAAUGAAAGAAAAAAGACUUGGAACGAUGCCGGGAUGUAGACUAGUAGAUCUGAAAGAGAUUGUUCACGAUUUAAAACUAGGAAAUCAUCUGCAAGAGAGGAUGAAGGAGACAAACACAGUGAUUCAUUAACUUGCUAGUGAAAUGAGUCUAUUGUCAAGCAUUGCUGCAGGGCAAUCAGAUUGUGGAGUUUAGAACCAAUUUUCAAGUAAGAAAAAAAUGUGGGGACACUACGGUAUUCAUUCAAUCUUGUUGGUUAUUGUUCAGAACUCGGGGUUUGUUUCUGUAAUAAGAAAAAGAUGAUCGGAAAGGUAGACUCACAGACUAAAGCGAUCUCCCGAACAAGUCGAGAUGGUAACAGCUUACUGCUACCCCCAAAAAAAUGAGCACAUGAUACUGGAGAGUUAUGCUUUUAACUUCAUAUGGUAGCUGAACAGCACAAAGAAAAGGUUUGUUUUCCCUACUCUUCAGCUCAUGACGUUUUGCUAUGCGGCAAAUCUAUGUUCAAAGCUUUGUCUUCUUAACGUAGCUGCAUAUGAAGUGAAGGUGGAACAAUAAUAGUUAUUCAUUUAUUUUUCAUCUGAAUUGAUAGACGAUUUUGUCGAGCAAUUAUUCUCAAUGUAUCUCAUUUUGAUCAUCAUGAAAUAAAGAGAACUAGAAUUCUCAAACUGUCA